GGAGCCAACCCAUAUUGAUUCUCAUCUCUGAAGUCUCCCUCGUAGUGUCUCUUCGUACCAUUUUGCUACCUUUAUCUGACGUCUUUGUUGGCCUCGCUCGCUCGAUCCACAUUUCAUGACAUCCGCACCAGAUCAGUCAAGUUUUGUGUAUGGUUCUGCCUCUAGUACUACAAGCGUGAGGGAUGCAAUUGCAGCUUGGCGACGUUCGCAGUAUUUUGCGACAUCGAAUAUACCUUCCACCUCAGAUCUAAGCGAUGAUCAUGUCGAUGAAGAGGCUCAUACGACGCUGACGACGAUUGUCCUACGCCUCAU